AUGCUGCAGCAGCAGCAGCAGCAGCAGCAGCAGCAGCAGCACAGCCCGUCAGUGUACUGUGGAGACAGCGCUUCUAUCUACAGUCCCCCGCUGCAGCCGCAGCAGCAAAUGUAUCAUCCACAGCAGCAGCUGCUGCAGCAGCUGCACCAGCAGCAGCUGCAGCAGCAGCAGCAGCAGCUGCAGCAGCAGCAGCAGCAGCAGCAGCAGCAGCAGCAGCAAUUCGAGCAUCUCAACUGGCAGCAGCAGCAGCAGCAACAGCAGCCGCCGCCGUAG